CUAAUUAAAAAAAUAAAUGUCAAGUCUCAAAAAGCCGCGAAAUAAUUAAAUGUCAAAUUGAUCUUCGAAUUCAAGUGUAGUUUAUUCACAAAGUCUUCAAAGUGUGGAACAACGUGGCUUCCUGUAUGGAGAAAUGGUUCGGUGAUAAGCGGUUAUGGUUAUUUGGUAAUAACCUGCCACUGCUGCCGAGAAGGUCCCGCGCCUCCAGCCGAGCGAUGGAACGCUAUGAGAAGCUGGCUAAGCUUGGUGAAGGUUCCUAUGGCCUCGUAUACAAGUGUCGAAAUCGAGAGACCGGUGAGAUAGUCGCCAUCAAGAAGUUCGUGGAGAAUGAAGACGAUCCACUCAUACGAAAAAUUGCGCUUAGGGAAAUUCGGAUGCUGAAGAACCUGAAACACCCAAACCUCGUGAACCUGAUCGAAGUGUUCCGCCGCAAACGCAAGCUGCACCUUGUCUUCGAAUACUGCGACCACACCGUGCUUCAUGAAAUGGAGAAAUAUCCAGCUGGCUGUCCAGAGCUCCUCUCAAAGCAGAUCAUAUGGCAGACGCUUCAAGGCGUGGCGUAUUGUCACAGACACAACUGCAUACAUCGGGAUGUGAAACCGGAAAACAUUCUGCUGACCAGCGAUGGUGUGGUCAAGUUGUGCGAUUUUGGCUUCGCGAGGAUGAUCAGUGGCACGUGUUCGUCAGAAUAUUCAGUUCACACCAUGAUCCCAUUUGGAGUGGACGUGAGACGGAGAGCCAGCCCAGGUCCGGGUGAGAGCUACACGGACUAUGUCGCGACUCGUUGGUAUCGUGCUCCCGAGUUGCUGGUAGGAGAUACUAUGUAUAGCAUGCCGGUUGAUGUAUGGGCUAUUGGCUGUGUGUUUGCGGAGUUACUCUCAAGUGAAGCCCUUUGGCCGGGGAAGAGUGAUUUGGACCAGCUGUAUUUAAUCAGAAAGACACUUGGAGAUCUCUUGCCGAGACACAUGACUAUUUUCUCACAGAAUUCAUUUUUUCAAGGCUUGGCGUUACCAGAACCGACAACAGUUGAGACCCUGGAGAAGAAAAUCCCAUCAAGAUACGCAAAUAAUGAAUUGAUUAUCGACUUUUUGAACAGAUGCUUAGACAAAGACCCAAUGAUGCGUUGGACUUGCGAGCAGUUGUUACGUCAUCCGAUAUUCGAGAAUUUCCUCUUCACCGUUCCUGCCUCAGAUCAUGAUGAAUACGAGAGGGUUAGACGCCAACAGCAAGAAUUUAAUGCAAAAUCUCGAGCAAUCAACGAAGAAAUGUCUACCCUAGCGACUGACAUUACUGUUUCAAAGAAAAGUAAAGGAAAAUGAGCAUAAAACAUUUCCCAUAAUGAGGUACAAUCAUCCCCAUUGCUGCCCCAGCUGAUAGUGAAUGAGAGAAGCCAGCCAAAAGGCAAAAAGACAGACUUGAAUUCAAGAGGACACCUACCGACUAUAUGACUAGCACCAUGGCAUCGUAUUUAAUUAAAAUUAAACAUUUAUUCUAUUCUA